CAUCCCCGAUCGGCGCGUCGCGGCGCGGCCGAAGGUUCCCCGGUUGCUAACGGAAGCUGUCUCAUGGUAACCGAUCGAUCUGCUCCAUGUGUCGACGGCAUCUAUUUUCGCAAUAUUAUUUUGAAGGGAUGUAAAAAUGGGAAGCGAAAUUCUGAUGAAGGGAGAUCCUGUACCCUUCGCCAAGUCGAUGGGACGGUUAAUAAACUGCAAAGAAUUUAGUGAUGUCAAGUUCAUCGUCGGCGAGUCACGACAGCACAUCUUUGCGCACCGCUGCCUCCUUGUGUCGAGAUGUGAAGUCUUCAAGGCGAUGUUUGCAGAGAAGGUCGUGAAAGAGACGAGCACAAACGUGCCUCUAGUGCUGUCUGACGUUGAACCUGAUAUCUUCAUGGUCGUCCUCGAGUUCAUCUACACAAACUGUGCAUCACUCUGUGCGAAGACGGUUGUUGAUGUGCUAGCGUCUAGCAUAGAGUAUGGUCUUGAUGAGCUGAGGAAGCUGUGUAAUGCGUAUCUGAUUAGAAACCUCUCCAUAUCCACUUCCUGUGAAACCAUGCAGGCUGCAGUCACCUACGGCCAAGACGACCUCAAACUCACCACACUGGGUUUUAUUGAGGAGCAUACUCAGGAAGUCUUCAGAACAAAGCAGUUCCAGGAACUCUCGGACCAAGCUCUUGCGGUUAUCCUGCAGAGCAGUCGCCUCUUGAUGGACGAGAUAGACAUCUUAGAAACCAUCAAGGAGUGGGCAUCGGUCAACUCUGCUGUCCAAGGUGUGCCUUUGAUGAAGGUCAUCAACAGUGUCAUCCAGCAUGUCCGGUUCCCGCUCUUCAACGAGACAGAGCUGCAGAAGUUAGAGACUGACAACCAAGCACAGCACAUCGUACCUAUUGCUAUGAUUGCGUUUGCUUGGAAGUUCCAUGCUCUCCACCAAUCGGAUGGCACCAACCCACAAACCAAACUAAGAAGAGGAACAACACACAGAGAUAGCCACAAGGGACUAACACCAUGGGAUCACUGAUGUCAAAUUUGUCCUGGGUGGUGAUUUUUAAAGUUGUUUGUAAGUAAAGCCUGUCUUGCAAUGUGCUAUAGACUGUACUGGAUGUAAUAGAAAUUUCAAUGAGACUGGAUGUAGAGUGUAUUUUGUAUCUGGUCGAACUCCAAAAUGGGCUUCUGAAUUUGAAUAUGAAAAUUGUUCUCAAUUUUCACAUCAGAGAGAAGGAGAGAGGGCUGAUUCAGAUACCAGUCGCAGGCCAGCUGUGAUGUUAUUGCAAUUCUCAACCUUUUUGCCAUUGUCUAGUACUUAGCACUUUGCAACUAAUCUCAAAAUUCCUAUUCAUGCCGCACUUUGGAAUGUAAAUGUUUAAGAAUCUACCUCAUGAAUAUUGUAUAAAGUAUCCAAUCAUAGUUUCUUUUAAAUAUCCAGUUGCAGCCAAUCGCGCAGUGUUAAGCAUGCUUUAUGCAUGACCGAUGACCAUUUCUUGAGUAUGAAAUCAGAUUCUAAAUCAUUUUGAUCCUCAUUAUGCAGAUUGAAAUCCGAUCCUAAAAAAAGAAAAAUUCACAUUGGUAGAAGACUUCUGAAUAGAAAAUUCAAUAGUUUUAGUAUUUUUUUUUGUGGGGGGAGGGAGGGGGGUUCUUUUAGAAAAUACACUCCCAUUAUGUUAAAACAAGUAAAAUGUCUGGAAUCUCAUAAAAAGCAAAAGAAAGUGUUACCACUUUUGCAUAAAGUCAUGCAUAAGUUACUAAAAAUUACAUGAAACAGCCCUCGGGGCCUCAUCUUCCAGUAAAAUGUGAUCGAACCAAUCAGUCUCAAACAAGUCUUCAGUGGCGCAUUUCACGAAAGGACUUGUCAGACGUAUCUGACAUUUACCAUCAAAAAUCAGACACCUCUGCUUCUCAGCCAGUCAAAGUCAAGGAAAGUAGUUUCAGAUCUGACAAAUUGUCAGAUGUUAAAUGUUCAUGAAAAACUCUCCUUAAUGCCAACCUACACAUUUUGACAUUGUAUUUUUUUUUAUAAAACUGGUAUUUUUGGGGUAUUUGUGUAAGCCCACAUCUCUGACAAUAAUUUUGUGAUGCACAGUAGUAAUAUCCCUCAGUAUGGUUCAUGUUCAAUAAUUAUGCUUAGAAUCAAAUCAAAACUUUAUUUUGUCAAUUUCCAUGAACUUAACAAAUACACUUUUAUUUUUUGAAAAAAAAAUUAAACAAGAUAGGACUGCAAGUUAGUUGCCAAAGGUACAUGUUGUAAUCAGCAUAUAUGUAUAUGACGGUUUGUGUCUAUUGUUAGAUAUAUAGAAAUGAAUGAUGUGCCAAUCUCUUUGUUUAAUUGAUACAUGUUUUCCUUGAAAACUAUGCAAUCUGACUGAAAUAUAUUUAUGUGAACUUAAAACAUUUGUAGAUUAGUAAGGCUGAACUAAAUUUCGUAUAGAAUUAUGGCCGUUGAGCUGAAGCCGGGAUAAUAGUAUCCAAGUCCUUUAGAAGUGCACAGAGACGUUAUAAUCAUGUUAUAUGCACUUUACAAGUACUGUAUAUUAUUAUUGUUAUUAUCAAAGGACAAGUCCACCCCAACAAAAAGUUGAUUUGAACAAAUAGAGAAAAAUCCAAGAAGUAUAACAUUGAAAAUUUCAUCAAAAUCGGAUGUAAAAUAGGAAAGUUAUGACAUUUUAAAGUUUAAUAAUACUAAAUAGGUUCAUUAUUAUUGCGAGACAAAUGAAUACCCUCUAGCGAUUUUAAAGUUUUGCUAAAUUUCACAAAACGGUUAUAUGCACAUCCUGGUCGGUAUGCAAAUGAGGAGACUGAUGACAUCAUCCACUCACUAUUUCUUUUGUAUUUCAUUAAAUGAUAUAUGGAAUAUUUUAAUUUUCUCCUCAUUGUAAGGUGAAACAAGUUUUAUUCCUCCAUGAACAUGGGGAAUUACAAGUGUUCUAACAUAUUAUGGUUCAGGAAAACUGGUCCUUAAAUUGUCAAAUCUGUAAAAAUGGAAAUAUUGUAUAAUUCAAAUAAUAAAAAACAAAAGAAAUAAUAAGUGAGGGACAUCAUCGACUCUCAUUUGCGUGUUGCUGAGGUGUGCAUGUAACUGUUAUGUGAAAAAUAAGCGAAACUUUAAAAUGUCGUAACUUUCUUAUUUUACAUCCGAUUUUGAUGAAAUUUUCAACGUUAUUCUUGUUUGAUUUUUCUCUAUUGAUUCAAAUCAACAUUUUUCUGGGAUUUACUUGACCUUUAAAAGAAGUCUGAAUAUUGAUUUGAUACCAACAAUCGCAGUCAAACCUAGAUCCCUGAAUCAAUUGCAAGGAGGUAAAUGAACGAACCUUUGUGUUAAAUGACUUGGGUUAGGAAAUAGAAUGCCCACAGAAUCGGACCAGGAAUAUUGCCUUUUGUGAGGAUUGAAUCCAUUUAUAAUACGUAUUUAUUGCUCAGUUUUCACCAUUGCCAUCUUCUUGUUGAUUUAUUAUAUUUGCAUUUUGAUUUUACACAUUCCCACAGUACACUGAAAUAGUUAUAAUCAAACAAAUUUUUUUGUUUCCUUAUAUAUAUUAGAUCAUCAUGCCUACUUUGAUAAUAUAUGUGCAUAUAAUUUGUGCAGAUUAGAUUUUCGAAAAAUUUUCACUUCUUUUACAUAGUAGUCGACAUUUGACAAUCUAGUUCAGAUAUCAAAAUGAAUUUGAUUGACUUUGGCCUUUUAUGACACUCCAUGACAAUAGUGACAAAUUGAUCAAAACUAUAGCAUAAAUGCGAAAGAAAUAUGCAUGUAUAAAGUAUUUUAUAUUAGCUUGGCACACUGGUGCUGAUGGAAAAAUGCACCAUUACAUUUUCUAUGAAUUUGUAUUCAAAUUUUUAUAUUUGUACAAAUACAACCCACCCCUCUGAAUAUGCUAAAGAUUUUUAUGUAUGUACUUUUUACACCUUGAAAAAAAAAUGUUUUGCAGUGAUAUAUUUAAUGUGAUUGUAUUUAUACAAAUCUUGAACUAUGCAAUUCUUAAUAAAAAGAAGUAUUGAUG